CUUAUUUUAAAGUGUGUCUGUGUUCUUGGGCUUUUUCUCUCCCUGUGUGAGACACAAGCUCCUGCGGUGCUGCUCAUCAGUGUUGAUCUGGAAGAUAAACCCUGUUGAUGUGAAGGAUUAGAGACUGAGAUUGUUUUGAGGGGUUGUGUGAGAGAGGAGCUUUGCACUCAUGGAUCGCCUUGACCGAGCUCCUGGGCAGUUCAGGAACUUCCAGAAGGAUGAUUUUGAGGCUGACUGGAUCAAGGUGGCUAAAUGCAAAUCUGGUGAGGUGUACCAGGUCAAGGUCAAGCUCUGGCGGGAAAACUGUGCGUUGAAAACGUUUGACACAACCUUGUGUGGAAACAACUUUUACAGGAAAAUAAUAGAGGAGGUGUCCAGCAUAGCCAAAUUGAAAUUCAAGUACAUAAUUCCCAUAUAUGGCAUGUGCAGUGAAGUGACUGCACUUGUGAUGGAGUACAUGAGUAAUGGGUCCCUGAACAAUCUUCUAGCCAGUCACAGUUUGAUGUGGCCGAAGAAGUUUCAGAUGAUUCAUGAGACCUCCUUGGGCAUGAAUUUCCUUCACAGCAUGAAACCUCCACUACUCCAUCUUAACCUGAAGACUUCCAAUAUCCUUGUGGACGAUCAUCUCCACAUCAAGAUUUCAGAUUUUGGUUUAAUCCACUGGGAGGAGGGCAUGAACAAGACCUUGUUCAUGGAGCGUCUGGCUGCUAGAGGGAACAUAAGUUACAUUCCUCCAGAGACCUUCACUCACUCCCCCGAUCCUCCAGGAACUACCUUUGAUGUUUACAGCUUUGGAAUUGUGAUGUGGGAAAUUCUGACACAACAGAAACCGUAUGCAGGUUGCAGUGUGACCACAGUGCUCUUACAGGUGUCGCAGGGGAAGAGGCCCUGUGUGACUAUGAUACCCGAUCAGAGGCCUCCUGAGUGUGAACAGAUGAUCAGCAUCAUGAAGCAGUGCUGGGACGAUGAUCACAGGAAGAGGCCACCGUUUUCAGACUUUGUGAAGCAAACGGAGGCUUUGAGCGAAGUCUUUAAGGUCCCGGGACCAAUUCACAGUGGCAAAAAUGGAGAUGCGGAUCAGAAAGCAAAUUAUCCCUGGCUGUUCUCAUCAGUGAAAAAGAUCACUAAUACCGAGAUGUCAGUCUCUCCUUCAGAUGGCCAGUAUGACAAGGAGGCCAUUCUCUCUAUGCUAUCAAAAAAAGACUUUGGCAGUUUCAGGAAGUCUGUGAGAAGGGAACACGUAUCCUCACAGUUUUCCGGCAAAAAGACACUCCUUCACUGCACAGUAGCUAGCGGUGAUUCAGAGAGUGUCGAGCACAUCCUGAAUCUGGGUGCCGAAGUCAACUGUACGACUGCCAAAGGUUACACUCCUCUUCUUAUUGCUGUUCUGCAGAGGCUAUAUGACAUCAUCUCUUUGUUGCUGGAACAUGGCGCAGAUGGGAGCCUGGGAGAUGAGGAUGAUUGGACACCACUCCAUUUUGCAGCUCAAAAUGGCGAUGACAGGACUGUUCGACUCCUGCUGGACAAAGGUGCCGUCAUCAAUGCCCAGGAAAAAACCGGCUGGAUGCCCUUCCACCUGGCCUGCCAAAAUGGACAUGAAACUGUGGUGCGCCUGCUGCUUUUGCGACAAUCGCAGGAAGCUGUCGUAGAACAGGAGAAGGCAAACGGGAGGACACCGCUCCACUUGGCCUCCAUCUACGGGCAUCUCAGUAUCGUGAAACUCCUCCUAACUCAUGGAGCAGAUCCCAAUGCGACAGACAAAUGUCUGUGCACUGCUCUUCACCUAUCAGCCGAGGAAGGCCAUAACAGAGUAGUCAGACAGUUGAUACAGAGUGGAGCGACUGUUGACAUUGCAGACAGCAAAGGGAAUACUCCACUUCACCUGGCUGCUCUGAAGGGUCAUACAGGCAUAUGUAGGCAGCUGUUGUCAAACGGAGCCAACCCAGAUGCCACUACUAUCCAGGGAUGGACCCCCAUGCACCUGGCUGCCCUAAAGGGACAUGAAGCAACACUGGUCCAACUGGAGAGUCAGGGUGGUUGUGUAAAUGCAAGAGGUGAGAACGGAUGGACUCCACUACACCUGGCCUGUCACCAGAGUAAGCCAGAUUUGGUAGCAAAACUCUUGUCAGCCAAGGCCGACCCACAUGUCACAGAGGAGAGUAAAGGAUGGACACCACUACAUGUGGCCUGUAAAAGUGUGAGUUUUCCAAGUGUCCUCCACUUGAUAUUCCAUGGCGCAAAUGUCAAUGCUUUAAAUUAUGGAAAUGCCACACCUUUACACCUGGCUGCCCAGCACGGCUGUGUACCCAUUGUAAAAGCUUUACUGAUGAAUGGAGCAGACGGGACACUGCUGGAUUCUUCUGGAUCCACAGCUUUAAAUGUAGCUCAGCAGAGUGAAAAGUUGGAAAUAGUGGAAUUACUAGAAAAUGGAUGUUAACUAUCAUGAGGAUGACAAUAUAAUGGAGAAGUUGCACUAUAGAGGAGGGAUUAUCAGGCAACUUAAAGCACGAUAUUGAUGAUUUUUUCACAGAAAAAAGACCAGUUUUGCAACGCAUAAGAAAACCAUAUCAAUUUCACAAACCCAUCUAUAUUUUGAAUGUUGUCAGACCAUUGCACAAUUGAAAGCAGAAAUCCAUUGCUGUCCUUGCUUAAAAAAACAGCGUCCGAUUUUUACAGUAAUUAUUUCCCGUAAAUUCCACAGACGUGCCACACGAUCAGGCAUUUGUAUUGAAAAUAAUUACUUUAAACUCUGUGAAUGCUUGACAGGGUCAUUAUUGUGAUAAACUGUAGUGAGCCACCCACAUGGG